GCAACAACAACAGCAGGAUGUCCUCACUGUGGAUCACUGGAUUCCGAGAUGGACUCACGGACAGGACAGACAGUAUGCCUAGGGUGUGGUGAAGUCCUCGAAGAGAAUAGAGUAGUCUGCGAGUUGAGCUUUACCCAAAGUGGUGAUCGAACGGGCGUCAAUGGGCAAUCGGUCCCAUGGCUGGGUGGUGGAGGCCGCAGAGGAGGAUACUCGAGUGAGAACUCGAGGUUAUUGACACUCCAAAGAGGCUCUACCAGAAUCGAAUGGAUUGGCAACCGGCUUGAGUUACCUACAAGUACGAUGGAUGAAGCCAAGCGACUCUUCUCCUUGGCGGCCCAGCGGAACUUCACUGCGGGUCGGAAGACCUCGGUGGUUGCUGCUGCAUGUUUAUACAUAGUAUGCCGUCGUGAUCGGACACCGUAUCUUCUCAUCGACUUUAGUGAUGUCCUCCAUGUCAGUGUUAGGGAGAUUGGACAGAUGUACAUGAAGCUUGUACGGCUCUUAAGUCUUGACAAGGUGUUGGAUAUUCCAGUCAUCGACCCAUCCAUGUUUAUGGAGCGCUUUUCAAGUCAUUUGGGGCUCGGUGAUAAACAGAAUCAAGUAGUACAUACGGCAAUCCGACUUAUACAGCUCAUGAGCCGUGAUUGGAUAUGUACUGGUCGCCGCCCCACAGGCCUCUGCGGUGCAGCAUUACUGAUCGCCGCUCGCUACCAUGGCGUUGAGAAUGUUACUGCUAACUCAGUUGCUGGAGUUGUUCGAAUAGGAGCGGUCACGCUCAAAAGACGGCUCUACGAGCUCAAACACACCCCGACUGCUGCACUCACGACAGAACAGUUCAAGUCGCUGGAGAACGCUCCAGAUCCAGCCGAUGGAUCCCUACCAGGUGGAGACUCAGUGCAGGAAGCCGGAGCGCAUGGUCAGCUCCAGAUGGCGUUACCGGAAGAAGCUCGGGCUACUACCAGUUUACCACCAAGUCUGAUGCGUAAUAGGAUCAAGGAGGAGAAGAUGAAACUGUUAGGUCUACCGCUGAAGGAUGAAUCCAAGAUCAUCAUCCCAGUAAAACCUCUUGGAACGCAGAAGAGCCUCGAGAAUGGAGAGCGGGAAGUCGAGCAUCCCCAGCUUACUGACAUUACCCAUCAUGAUGCUGAAUCCAGUCAGGCCAAGCCGAGCAGCAGUAGUAGCAGUACUGAUCCUACGGCGGGUGCGAGUGAGGGAGAUUUACCAGAAUUGGAUGAGCUAUACAAUGCCCUGCGAUCAACAGCAACUUCGGGUGUCGAGAGUGAUGGUGAACUCAUAGCGAAGUUGGAUACAGUAGCCGGAAGGACAACCGCAGCUAGCGAUGACGCCGACCCUACUAGCUUACUGGAAGAGGAUGCCAAACAGAAUAAGCGGCCACUGGAUGAUGAUGAGGAAUCCAUAUCAGAUGUUAGUGAUUCUGAGAUUGAAGGUUACCUUCUAACGCCAGAGGAAUCAGAGGCUAAGUCUGCCAUCUGGCAUCAGUGGAAUAAGCCCUAUCUCAUGGAAUGGGCAAUACGUGAUGAACAACGGAAGGCGAAGAAGAGAGCCGAGGAUGAGGCUAAACGUAAUGGUACCUACAAACCAAGGAAACGCCCGGUUCCCUCAACUGCCAUGGGCCCAGCGGAUUCGGCGUUGGAGGCAACUCAGAUGGCCCUAUCGAAGAAAGCCCGAUCCCUGAGCAACCGUGUUAACAUGUCAGCGCUCGAGGAGCUGUUCAAGACUUAGUUUGGCCAUCCCUGUUGAAUCAAGAUAUGUGGGUUAAUCUGUAUCGUUAUGGCUACCCCUGUAGAAUUGUUGAAGUCGGGUCUGCGUCUCGAAGUUCCCCACAUACUUUGCUGUAUAACUUUCUUAGCCAUACCCGACCACGUCCUCACUGUACUCUUGUCAUCCUUGUUACUAAACUACUACCUCGA